GAUACAGUUUUUGUUAUGAAAUGUAUAUGUGUCCAUAAAUAAUGCAAUAAGGUUCUCAAUAUUAUUUUGAUGGGAAAUAGGAAGAGAAGGUUCAUUAGAUGACAAAAAACAAGACUUUUUAGUAAUGUGAAAGAUAGUGCAUGUUUAAUUUUUUCGAAGUCCAUGUACUUGGUGUUUUGCAGGGAUAUCUGUUGUCAGUGCUACUUUGAAUGAUUGCAUUCUGGAGCUUUUGGUGACAGAACGUGUGCUAUCUUUAUAGGACUUUAAUUAAUAUUACAGUAGGGAUUUGAGCAUUGCAACAACUGUUCCUGUUUCUCUCCUGCAGCCCUGGGGCCUGAUCACUAUACAAAGCUUCCCAUUUGCAACUUUCAUUGCCCGUGAGCUCAGAGCCCCCCAGGCCCCUCUGUUCCGUGGGACAGGUCCUGGACUCCUUUUCCAUGUAAAAUUGCCGCUGACUUCUGUGGAAGUUUAGUCACUUCAGUGGAAGUUUAGCCUUGCUAGUGUCUCAUUUUGACCAUAUUUAUGAUUUCAUGUUUUUUGAAAAUGCACAAAAGUAAUGAAAAUCUUUUAAUUAAAAAAAAAAAAAAAAGCAGUUAUUUUAAGAUCAGAGACUGUGAUAGGUAGGAAGAGAGUGCUUUUGGACAUUUAAAAAUUGGUUGCCUUUCUAUAUAGGUUUUUUACAGGUUCACAGGCUUUCCUAGAAAUGUGGGCAUACGAUUACAUAAUUGCCAGCUAUACAAAGGUAGAGGGGGUGUAACCUGAACUGUUUAUAGUGGAUGUGCCACCAGCCUGAAACGCAUCCAGGCCGGUCUCAGAAAUCUGGCGAGAAAGGCAACCUGAUGUGAUCAAAAUCAAAAUUAGACAUCUGUCCCGGGCUGACUCGGCACGCAGGCUACAUGUGGUCAGAAGUGUCGCGUUGAUGGAUUGGAGCCCUAAUGCUGUCUCGUUAAAGUGUUGGUGCACUGAUAGCUGAAGCCCUGACCCUAGCUGUACUCUGCUACCUCAAGUGGAGCUGAUAAGGAGGUGCAGACGUACUGUACAAUUUUGGAUACAGGGUAAAUAGGUAAAUGCAGUUACUAUGGAAACCUAAAUGCUUUUCCGUUGCGCUUUAUUCCUGAGAAUAUUUUCCCAGGUGGUCACUGAUCACAAAAGGGACAAAUUUUACACAUUCCCUGCAAUGGGCCUUUCAAAGAAAAGAAAAAAAGCAGCAUUGGUGGAGCUUGUGUCUGAAGAGCGAGUAGGACAUCAUCAUCGUCUCUCCUGGCUACGAUGUGCCACCUACACUUAGCAAUCUGCUGCCAGGCAGGCGGGGAUGGGCAGGGUGGAGCAGGACAGACACAUUCUGGUGGUUUUGAGUCAUUAUAGUGCCCGAGGGUUGUAGUCUCUGACAAUGGCUUUUGGCAUUUUGGUAGUGGAAAUAAUUUGCAAGGUCUGCCUUAGGCUUCACUGGAAUGCAUGUUCUCAGCCGCUGUUAAUAACACUGCAACAAAAGCUGCACUCCCAGAAAAGCAGUUUUUGUUUCCUUAUGGGCUUUGACAAAUGAUCAGUUAGAAUGGUGCAAGCUAUCCACAGAUUACUUCUGCUACCUAGCAGUUCUAAAAAUACUGGCUGCUUGUCCAGGUGUAUCUCUAACGUGGGAGCUGAGCUGCUUGCCAUCUUUGGGAAGGCAGAAGCAGGGCUCUAUCUGUGGGGCCAAUACUCCAGUUUCUACGUGGGAAAGAAAAACUUCCACGUUUGUCAGAAGAUGGAGUAACGCAAAUAAGAAUAUGGAAAACUACGGUUAAUUAAAGGAAGUUUUAGCUUGGUGUGAUUAUAGCUGUAUUGGUAGGUUUAAUUUAGCCAACAGCAAGAUUUAGCAGCCUGCACAUACUUUUACAUAAUAGUCUCUCCAGUAUGCCAAUCACACAUUUCUGAGAGUGGAAUAUGUCUGCUUCUAUUAUUCUUUACUACUGUUCUUGCUGUAGUAAUGACAGUGGUCUCUGGUAAAAUCAUGGUCUGAAUGUACCAAACACUGCACAGCAGUCCCAGAGCAGGAGAGCUUUUCUUCUUGAAUGGUGCAGAUGGUAUGUUCUGUGCUCUUUGUGUGGCAACAAAAAUGUGCAGCACCUACAGAGAUGAGCGAAGUGCCAGCAAAAGCAUUCCCGAAAAAUAGGGGGCAUCUCCCUGCUCUCAUCUGCAGCACUUGUAGCCGUGUCUAUCAGGCAGCGUGCACAGAGUGCCCUUAUAAAUGGAUGACAUAGAAGCACAUGGAGAGAAGGGAGGUAAAUCAUAGCGCUAGGAUUCAUACUUGCCAGCAGCACAGCUCCUGCCCCGCAGUAGGGUCCUUAGCUGUCGUGCGCUGUUGUCUGCCCCUCUCCCCACCUCAGAAGUAAUUUGGUGGUGAUCAAGCAGAGCUGGUUCUUGAGGUCAGAAAGUCGAAGAAAAGCCACUCUGUGCAUCAGAUAGAUGUGAUACAGACACUGGGGGGAGGUACAAGAUGGGAGGCAAAUGAGCUCACCAACUGCUAGACCUGUGCCAUGAUCCUGGCAAUCUCUACAACAGCCAUAGCCUUUAAAGAGAUACUACACUAUUCUCAUAGCAUACAAGCAGGGCAGAAUGCAGAAAAAUAAAUAUUAUCCAGAGAAACCAUGUCAGAAAACAGAAUUUCAGAUAGUGGAUUUACUUAAACUGGUCUUUAGGCUCACGGACUUUAUGAAAAUACUUAUUUUCUCUAAGAGAGGAAUCUAUUGUUACUAACAAAAAGGAAGAAUUUCCUGAUUAUAUUUUUGUAAAAAUAUAGGAACGUAUUUAAAGUGGAAGAAGUGCGGUCUGCAGUAGCCUAGCGAGAAAAACAAACCAACUGGAAUUUAUUCUUAAUGCAGACUACAAAGGAGGAGAUUAACUCAUUCAGUGAAUUAAUUCAUACUUGAAAAUCUUGAAUUCCUGAAUGCCUGAGGAUAUCAGAGUGUUGUUUACGUCCAACACUUUUGAUGUUAUUAGCGAUGACGCUUUCAUGGGCCUUCCUCAUCUAGAAUAUUUGUUCAUAGAGAACAACAGCAUUAAGUCAAUUUCAAGAAAUACUUUCAGAGGACUGAAAUCUUUAAUUCACCUGAGUCUCGCAAAUAAUAAUCUCCAAUCGCUUCCAAAAGACAUAUUCAAAGGCUUGGAUUCUUUAACAAAUGUAGAUCUUAGAGGCAAUGCAUUUAAUUGUGACUGCAAACUGAAAUGGUUAGUGGAGUGGCUGGGCAGCACCAAUGCAACUGUUGAAGACAUAUACUGUGAAAGCCCACCAGAAUACAAGAAGCGCAAAAUCAAUAGCCUCUCCUCAAAAGAAUUUGAUUGCAUUAUUACAGAAUUUGAAGUUUUUCAGUCCCUGCCAUAUCAGUCUCUGUCGGUAGAUACUUUCUCAUACAUGAAUGAUGAACAUGUGGUUAUUGCACAGCCUUUCACUGGAAAAUGCAUCUUUCUUGAAUGGGACCACGUAGAAGUGAUGUUCAGGAAUUAUGACAACAUUACAGGUACUUCAACUGUUGUGUGUAAACCUAUAGUUAUUGAGAGUCAGCUGUAUGUCAUUGUCGCACAGCUGUUUGGAGGCUCCCACAUAUAUAAAAGAGAUAUUUUUGCUAAUAAGUUCAUAAAAAUUCAAGAUAUUGAAAUCCUUAAAAUCAGAAAACCCAAUGACAUUGAAACUUUCAGGAUUGCUGAAGACUGGUAUUUUGUUGUUGCAGACAGUUCAAAAGCUGGUUUCACCACUGUUUACAAAUGGAAUGGGAAUGGAUUUUAUUCCCAUCAGUCUCUGCAUGCCUGGUACAGAGAUACUGAUGUGGAGUUUCUUGAAAUAGCCGGCAAACCACAUUUAAUUCUGUCAAGUAGUUCCCAAAGACCUGUAAUAUAUCAAUGGAACAAAGGAACAAAUGAAUUUGUUAAGCGUUUUGAUAUCCAGGAUAUGGAAGAUGCAUAUGCGGUGAAACAUUUCAAAGUGAAAGAGGAUGUAUACAUUUGUUUAACAAGAUUUAUUGGGGACUCUAAAGUAAUGAAAUGGGGUGGUUCAGCAUUUCUGGAUUUACAAAGAAUGCCAUCCCGAGGGUCAAUGGUAUUCCAACCGCUUCAGAUACGUAAUUAUCAAUAUGCCAUUCUCGGAAGUGAUUAUUCUUUCACUCAAGUCUAUUAUUGGGAUGCUGAGAAAGCAAAAUUUGUGAAGUUUCAAGAAUUAAAUAUACAGGCACCAAGAUCUUUCAUACAUGUCUCCAUCGAUAAACGAGAUUUUCUCUUUGCUUCCAGUUUUAAGGGAACUACACUGAUUUAUAAACAUGUCAGAGUUGACUUAAGCGCAUGACACUCAUAAAUCUGAGAUUACAUCAGACUUUCUACCGUAAGUGGACAAAAUGAACUAAAUGCAUGAUGACUCUCUUAUCUUACUUCCAAAUGAAUGCCUUUAAAAGUUGAGAUUGCUAGAACAAAGUAUUACUAGUAUCUUCAUCUUUAAUUGUCAAGUCUAGUGAUGUUGGAAGUUGCAUUUUUUAACAAAAAGAAAUUAAAUUAACUGUUCUUUGCAUCCACAGUAUGUAAAUAUGUGUGCAACUGCAUCUGUUGCUAUAAAGAAUAUUAAGAUGUACUUUUCCAUUUAUUUAUUCACCUGUUUGAAACAACUGCCAAAUAAAAUGUUUACAUUUUGUGUCUUUCACAUUCCAAA